GUUGAGCCAAUGGAAGAAGAGUCGAGAAGCGCACCGACGUUCAUCAAAGACAUUGAAGAUCAGACUGUAAAAUACGGUGUACUUGCCGUAUUUGAAACUACCGUACGUGGUAGUCCAAAUCCCGAAGUCACUUGGUACAUUAAUGGUAUAAAAAUGGACAAGGAUACGCCGGGAGUGAAGAUCGAGGUUCGGCUUGUGGUAUCUUCAAAGUAA